UCUCUGGCCCCAGCGCCGAUGCCUCGGGCGUUUAUCCCGGGGAGAGAGCGCCCUCUUCACCUGGGAGGGGAAACUCUUGUCUGGUGAUGUGACUCAUUACAUGAUCCCCGAUUGGAAAGUUGUUCAAGAUUACCUCGAGAUCCUUGAGUUUCCUGAAUUAAAGGGAAUUAUUUUCAUGCAAACAGCUUGUCAAGCUGUGCAGCAUCAAAGAGGCCGGAGACAGUAUAAUAAAUUGCGAAACCUCCUGAAGGAUGCGCGUCAUGAUUGCGUUCUCUUUGCUAAUGAAUUCCAGCAAUACUGCUAUCUCCCUCGGGAAAGAGGAGAAUCCAUGGAAAAGUGGCAGACCAGGAGCAUAUACAAUGCAGCCGUUUGGUACUAUCACCACUGCCAGGACAGGAUGCCCGUCAUUAUGGUGACGGAAGAUGAAGAGGCUGUUCCACAGUAUGGAAGUGAAACAGAAGGAGUGUUUGUGAUUUCUUUCAAGAAUUACCUGGACAAUUUUUGGCCUGAUUUAAAAGCCGCCCACGAGCUUUGUGACUCUAUCCUUCAGUCUCGGCGGGAAAGAGAGAAUGAGAGUCAGGAGAGCCACAGGAAGGAGUACCCCGAACACCUUCCCCUGGAAGUGUUAGAAGCUGGCAUUAAGUCCGGACGCUAUAUCCAGGGAAUUCUGAACGUCAACAAACACAGAGCACAAAUAGAAGCUUUUGUGCGACUUCAAGGAGCCAGCAGUAAAGAUUCAGAUUUAGUUAGCGACAUCCUCAUCCACGGGAUGAAGGCUCGAAACCGCUCGAUUCAUGGAGACAUGGUGGUUGUGGAACUGCUUCCUAAAAGCGAAUGGAAAGGAAGAACCGUUGCCUUGUGUGAGAACGACAGUGAUGACAAGGCCACAGGGGAGUCCCCCAGCGAGCCCAUGCCCACAGUCUUCCCCAUCUCCGACUUCAGGGUGGUUGUGCGCAUUGAUUCCUGGGAGUCGACAUCCGUGUACCCAAAUGGACAUUUUGUGCGUGUUUUAGGAAGAAUCGGAGAUCUGGAAGGAGAAAUUGCAACCAUCCUGGUGGAAAACAACAUUUCGGUUGCCCCUUUCUCAGAAGCUCAGAUGUGUAAGAUGCCAGUAAACACACCAGAAAAUCCCUGGAAGGUGAGUCCUGAAGAGGAACGAGAACGUAGAGACUUGAGGAAAACCCAUCUUGUAUUCAGCAUUGACCCCAAAGGUUGUGAAGAUGUGGAUGACACACUCUCAGUCAGAACCUUGAACAAUGGCAACCUGGAGCUCGGGGUCCACAUUGCGGAUGUCACACACUUUGUGGCUCCAAAUUCUUACAUUGACAUUGAAGCCAAGACAAGGGCCACCACUUACUAUCUAGCAGACCGACGCUAUGAUAUGCUGCCCUCCAUCCUCAGCGCGGAUUUGUGUUCCCUCCUGGGAGGCGUUGAUAGGUAUGCUGUAAGCAUCAUGUGGGAAUUGGAUAAGACCUCCUAUGAAAUUAAGAAAGUGUGGUAUGGCAGAACCAUUAUUCGAUCAUCAUACAAACUGUUUUAUGAAGCAGCCCAGGAACUACUGGAUGGAAACUUUAACAUCAUUGAUGAUAUUCCGGAAUUCAGAGACUUGGAUGAGAAGAGCAGACAAGCCAAGCUAGAGGAGUUAGUGUGGGCAAUUGGAAAGCUGACCGACAUCGCCCGCCAUGUGCGAGCUAAACGAGACCUCUGUGGUGCCCUGGAACUGGAAGGGGUAGAAGUUCGAGUGCAGCUGGAUGAGAAGAAGAACAUUCGUGACCUCAUCCCCAAGCAGCCCCUGGAAGUCCAUGAGACGGUGGCUGAAUGCAUGAUCCUAGCCAACCACUGGGUAGCCAAGAAGAUCUGGGAGAGCUUUCCUCAUCAGGCCUUGUUGCGCCAACACCCUCCUCCACACCAGGAGUUUUUCUCAGAGUUAAGAGAAUGUGCUAAAGCAAAAGGCUUCUUCAUAGAUACACGGUCCAAUAAGACACUGGCUGAUUCUCUGGAUAACGCGAAUGACCCCAACGAUCCCAUUGUGAACAGACUGCUCCGCUCUAUGGCUACGCAGGCCAUGUCUAAUGCACUCUAUUUCUCCACUGGGUCCUGUGCAGAGGAGGAGUUCCAUCAUUAUGGUCUUGCAUUAGAUAAAUACACUCACUUUACCUCUCCAAUAAGAAGAUAUGCAGAUAUCAUAGUACACCGAUUGUUAAUGGCAGCCAUUUCAAAAGAUAAGAAAAUGGAAGUUAAGGAAAAUUUGUUCAGCAACAAAGAUCUUGAGGAAUUAUGCAGACAUAUCAACAAUAGAAACCGAGCAGCACAGCAUUCUCAGAAGCAGUCUACUGAGCUCUUCCAGUGCAUGUAUUUUAAAGACAAAGACCAAGAAACGGAGGAGCGUUGCAUAGCCGAUGGGGUUAUUUAUUCAAUUAGAACAAAUGGAGUGCUCGUAUUUAUACCAAGGUUUGGGAUUAAAGGUGCUGCUUACCUAAAAAAUAAAGAUGGCUUAGUAAUCUCAUGUGGGCCAGACAGCCGUUCUGAAUGGAAGCCAGGAUCCCUUCAACGAUUUCAGAACAAAAUCACCUCUACCACAACAGGAGGGGAAUCCAUUACGUUCCAUUUGUUUGACCAUGUAACAGUGAGAAUAUCCGUACAGGCCUCACGAUGCCAUUCUGAUACAAUCAGGCUUGAAAUAAUGAGCAACAAACCGUACAUGAUACCAGAUUCAGAACUUCUUCAUCAGAGUUCCCUCUUGCUAAAGAGUGACUUAGUGAAGGAAGUAACUCGAUCUGUGGAGGAAGCUCAGCUUGCCCAAGAACUCAAAGGAAACAUCAUUCAGGAAGAUUUUCAAAAAUACUGCCAAACCAAGGGAAGAAGCCUGUACAUGCUUCUAGAGGAGAUACGGGACCUAGCUCUCCUCGAUGUCUCAAACAGUCAUGGAAUAGGAAAUACUCAUCUUACUUCAAUAAAAUAAAAGGGUUUUAUCUUA